AUGAGGAAGACGACCUCGCUCCCACCUUCACGCCUGGUGAUUUCGGAAUCUCGCAUCCUUGUCCCGGACAUGUCUGAAUUGGUGCGGACUUUGUGUGCAGGCUACAAGCCCAGUGCGGCCAAGAGCGUAGACGAAUACGCGCAGCUCGAUGCCGAGGACGAGUCGCUGGCUCGCUGGAAGGCGAGUUUGGGCAUUGUCCCCGGAGUCGCCGCUGCCGGUAGCGGUCCCAAGGUCACUAUUCUCUCCUUGGAGCUGGCCUCUUCUACUCUUCCCCCGGGCAAGCACCUCGUCAUGAAUUUGCAGGACCCGGAGCAACUGGCCUCUUUGAAGAAGAAUCCGGUGACCAUUAAGGAGGGUAUCGAGUACAACGUCCGCAUUAACUUUAAAGUCAACCACUCGAUCAUCUCUGGUGUACGGUACAUACAGGUUGUCAAGCGCUCUGGUAUCAAGGUCGACAAGUUGGAGCAGAUGCUCGGAUCGUACGGUCCCCAUCCUAAGGGCGAACCGUACGUUAAGAAUUUUGACCCUGAGGAAUCGCCUUCCGGUAUGCUGGCUCGUUCCGGAACCUAUCAAGUCCGCAGUAGGGUUGUUGACGAUGAUGGCGAGGUAUACGCUGGUGAGUACUGGGAGUGGAGUUUCAAAAUCGGGAAGGAAUGGUAG